UAUUUAUAAGGUAAAAGUUCACGAUUUUUGUUGUAUUGUAACAAACGCAGUAUUCAUUUUAUACGAAAACUCAUUAAGUUUUAAAGUAAACAUAUUAUCUUAUUGCUUGUCGUCCACCUUAAUUGUUUUUUUUUACAAAGGCAAAAACGCUGUGUCGUUUCGUUGUUACUGCCGUCAUUUUCUGUCAUUUAUCAAGAAAAAUGGAAGGUACCACGGAUGGCGAAUCAGUCGAAAUAAAGUUCAAACCUAAAAAGAAGAGAAACUUACGACAAAGGAUCAAAGAAGAAGAAUCGGAUGAUGAAGAACACAUUUUAUCAAAACUAGAAGAAACAAGAGAAAUACAGAAGCUUCGAGAAAGACCAAACGGUGUGAGCAUCAUUGCCCUAGCGACUGGUCAAAAGACUACAAUAGAAGACGAAGUCACUUGUAAAGAUCCUUUUAAAGUGAAAUCUGGUGGAAUGGUGAACAUGCAAGCACUAAAAAGCGGCAAAGUAAAGCAAGUGGAUGACGCAUAUGACACAGGAAUUGGUACGCAGUUUUCCGCUGAAACAAAUAAACGUGAUGAAGAUGAAGAGAUGAUGAAAUACAUUGAAGAACAGUUAGCAAAACGGAAAGAGGGACACAAUGACGACAAAUUAGAUGGAGAUCACAAUGAUUCAUUGAAAUAUUUAUCUCCUGAAGAAGCAGCCUUACUAUCCCUUCCUGAACAUUUGCGAGUUUCAUCUGCUCAUAGAUCAGAAGAAAUGUUGUCAAAUCAAAUGCUUAGUGGUAUACCAGAAGUAGAUCUAGGCAUUGAUGCAAAAAUCAAAAAUAUUGAAGCAACAGAAGAAGCAAAAAUGAAAUUAUUAUGGGAAAGGCACAAUAAAAAAGAUGCUCCGUCACAUUUUGUUCCCACUAAUAUGGCAGUAAAUUUUGUACAACACAAUAGAUUCAACAUGGAGACUGAUAAGAAGAGAAAAGUAGAAAAAGUAGUAGAGGUUAAGAAAGAAGUCAGCGUGAUAGAUGAAAAUGUAGAAAAAAUUGUUAAGAAAGCAAAAGGUGAAAGAGCCACUGAUGAUUACCACUAUGAGAAAUUCAAAAAACAAUUUAGGAGAUAUUAAAUGGUCAGCACACUACAAUUGCCUUUUUAUUAUGUAAAGGCCUGCAUGGAAAUGCUACAUUGCCUUUAAUUUUGUAAAGGCUUGUUAUAUUACCUUUUUCAUUUGCAGAGGCAUGUGAGAGAGCAUAAUUUUGUCAUUUUAUGUUUAAGUCUGUAUGUUAUUUGGUUUAAUUAGAUUUUGUUGUGUAGUUGUUUGU